CUAUGACAAAACGGAACAGUUCACAAUUGGAAAGGGAUGUUGAAGAAAAAGGAAUAUCAUCUUGGAGAUGUGGUGUGGUCUGUGGUUGGUCUGAACUAGGCUGUAACAGUUGUUGUUCCUAAAAUGGCGCCGCUGGAUCUAGAUAAGUAUGUGGAGAUCGCAAGACAGUGCAAAUACCUCCCAGAAAACGACUUAAAGCGAUUAUGUGACUAUGUCUGUGACCUUUUACUUGAAGAAUCAAAUGUCCAGCCCGUGUCCACCCCAGUGACAGUCUGCGGAGACAUACAUGGCCAGUUUUAUGACUUGUGUGAGCUCUUCAGAACAGGCGGCCAGGUUCCGGACACAAACUACAUUUUUAUGGGCGACUUCGUAGACCGGGGAUAUUAUAGCCUGGAGACCUUCACCUACCUCUUAGCCUUAAAAGCCAAGUGGCCUGACCGCAUCACGCUGUUGCGAGGAAACCACGAGAGCCGACAGAUCACCCAGGUGUACGGCUUCUAUGACGAGUGCCAAACCAAGUAUGGAAAUGCAAAUGCCUGGCGAUACUGCACUAAAGUGUUUGACAUGCUUACCGUAGCAGCUCUGAUAGACGAACAGAUCCUGUGCGUCCACGGGGGCCUUUCUCCUGACAUCAAGACCCUGGAUCAGAUCCGCACCAUCGAGCGCAACCAGGAGAUCCCCCACAAGGGGGCGUUCUGCGAUCUGGUGUGGUCGGACCCCGAGGAUGUGGACACGUGGGCCAUCAGCCCCCGGGGAGCAGGCUGGCUGUUCGGGGCCAAGGUCACUAAUGAGUUUGUUCACAUCAACAACCUGAAACUCAUCUGCCGGGCCCAUCAGCUGGUCCACGAGGGCUACAAGUUCAUGUUCGACGAGAAGCUGGUGACGGUGUGGUCCGCCCCCAACUACUGCUACCGCUGUGGAAACAUCGCCUCCAUCAUGGUGUUCAAGGACGUCCACACGCGGGAACCCAAGCUGUUCCGCGCCGUGCCCGACUCCGAGAGGGUCAUCCCCCCCAGAACCACCACGCCCUACUUCCUCUGAACCUCCUCUCUCCCCCUCAGUGCUGAUUAUUUGUCCCCUUUUUUUGUUUUUUUUUUUUUGUUUUUUUUGGCUUGGAAAAUAAGUUAUAAUCAAGAUCUUAAUUUUUCUUUUACGUUGUUCUUUUUUACUUUAAAAAAAAAAGUGUUAAUAAAACCUUAAAUACCUUGGAAAAGACUUUAAAAGUUUAUUGAAAUGUUUUGGAACUAGAUCUUAAGAUCUGGGCACCUUCCCUGUCGGAUUUGGUGUACACUUUCUUUUUUUGAUGUUUUUUUUGUGCACAUUUUGCAAUAAUAGAUGUAUUUGUAAACGCAUUACUCCCCACGUUCGUAUUGGACAGCUCUGUCAAAUGGAACGUAGUAGACCUUAAAAAAAAAAUUAUGAUCCACACACAUUUGUGAGGACAAGGUGACCAUAUCUAUUGAUUAUAGGGUUAUACAUGCUGUAUGGUCCCUAGAAUCUUCAUUCUUUUGUCAGAACUGUUGUACACCUGAUGCUUAACUUGUCAGUGAAUGUUCUGAUACUUUCUGGACCAGCCCUGUGUUACUGUGGGGGGUAAUGUGUGAGAGUAUCCCUUGUGCCACCUGUAGCACUGACACCGUUCCCUGUUGCUGCUUAAUGAGUAGUGAAAUUCCCGUUGGCUUUAAGGAAUGUCAUGGUGUAUCCCAUCUUCAGCCCAGCCUCCAGGGAAAAGGCUCAGAACACAGGCCUUCCCUUUCGUCCUCAACACUCGCAGGUCGACGUCUGCAUCCAGAAGGUCCUUUGAAUGCUGGUUGUACGUGGAGCAGCUCUUCGCCUUUGGCGUCUGGAUGGUCACCUCCUGCACUGGGAGUUAGUGGGGAGACUUUAGGGCAGGUCUCCUGCUUGAUUCCCCAUGUUGUUGGGAUUGUUAGAAUCAGGAAUGUUAUGCAAGAGUCAUUUUUCCGCCCGAUAACGUUACUGUUCUUCUGUUUAUUGGAUAUCUUACUGGGUCAGCCUUAAAGGAGCCGGCGCAGAAACGAGUGUUUUUACUUGUACUUUUAAUAAGUAAGAGCUGUAGCUGUUUUGGAUAUGAUCAGGCGAAAUGAACACGAUUCUGACACAACUGUGGUCAUUUAAAUGUUGACCAUAUUCUCGAAUAAUAGUGGAUUUGGUUGGAGAGUAAAAGGUUGUGGAUCCAGACCUUCAUUUCCUGUGUUUGCAGUCAAUUAAUUGAAAGCAAUCAUUGCAUCGAUUUGAGGUUUUGUUUCUUAGCAGAAAUGUGGGUCCAACUUUAUAUUUGGGUUCUCAAAUGCCAUUUAUAAUUUGUUUGAAAAUGGCAUCCAGUGAAAGUGGGGGUGCAGCUCUGGGGCCCUGGGGUGAGUUCUGGCUCUGGGGGGCUGUCUGUGUGGAGUUUGUAUGUUCUCCCCAUGUUCAUGUGGGUUUGCGCCAGGUGCUCUGGUUGCCUCCCACAGUCCAAAGACAUUCUGGUAGAUGAAUUUGCUCCUGGGGGAAAAUGAGCCCUGGUGCUUGUGUGCGUCUGUGAGCCCCGUGUUGGACUGGUGUCCCAUCCAGGGUGUACCCUGCCUUGCACCCAUUGCUUGGCAGGAUAGGCUCUGGCUCCCCUGUGGCCCUGUAUUGGAUGAAGCAGUAAGAAACUGGAAGAGUGGAUGGCCCUGUAUUAAUUAAAUUGUGAAUAAUUAAACUAAUCUGAUGAUAACCAA